CGUCCAUCGACAAUGAUAUUCAGACUGUAAGGCACUUGCGGCUCGUCUGCAGCAAAAGGAGAAAAGAGGAGCGAGAAAGCGAAAACCUCACCUCCUCAAACAGCGAGUGAGGGAGAGAGAGAGAGAACGACAGAGAGAGACAGACAGAAAGGAGGUUGUGGAGUAAAAAGAAGAAGAAAAAGAAGAAGAAGAAGAGGAGAACGGCGGCUCGGAGCUCCAACGAGGAGUGUGUUAUUCUCUGCGCUUUAUUAUAAAGUCUCUCAUUUCCACACAGAUCCGACAUGUCAUCGUCCGGUAAAGACAACAGCGGUGCCCAACAUGCCAAUUACGUGGGACCUUACCGCUUGGAGAAGACACUCGGGAAAGGACAGACAGGACUGGUCAAGCUCGGGGUCCACUGUGUCACAUGCCAGAAAGUCGCCAUAAAGAUUGUCAACCGUGAGAAACUCAGUGAAUCAGUACUAAUGAAGGUGGAGCGAGAAAUAGCGAUUCUGAAGCUCAUAGAACACCCACAUGUUUUAAAGCUACAUGAUGUCUACGAAAAUAAGAAAUACUUGUACCUUGUGCUAGAGCAUGUGUCUGGUGGUGAGCUGUUUGACUACCUGGUGAAGAAGGGCAGGUUAACACCCAAAGAGGCCAGGAAAUUCUUCAGACAGAUCAUCUCCGCCCUGGAUUUCUGCCACAGUCAUUCCAUAUGCCACAGGGACCUGAAGCCAGAGAACCUGUUGCUAGAUGAGAAGAACAAUAUCAGGAUAGCAGACUUUGGCAUGGCCUCUCUUCAGGUCGGAGACAGUUUACUGGAAACCAGUUGCGGGUCUCCACACUACGCCUGCCCAGAGGUCAUAAGGGGAGAGAAGUAUGACGGGAGGAAGGCAGACGUCUGGAGUUGUGGGGUCAUUCUCUUUGCCCUAUUGGUGGGCGCCCUGCCGUUCGAUGAUGACAACCUGAGGAACCUUCUAGAGAAAGUGAAGUUGGGAGUGUUUCACAUGCCCCACUUCAUCCCCCCAGACUGCCAGAACCUCCUCCGUGGCAUGAUCGAAGUGGACGCCUCCAAACGACUAACGUUAGAACAGAUCCAGAAGCACACAUGGUACAUAGGGGGGAAGAACGAGCCGGAGCCGGAGCAGCCUGUGCCCAGGAAGGUGACCAUACGCAGUCUUCCCUCUGCAGACGACAUCGACCCAGACGUACUGGACAGCAUGCACUCCCUGGGCUGCUUCAGAGAUAAAAACAAACUCCUGAAAGACCUGCUCUCUGAUGAUGAAAACCAAGAGAAGAUGAUCUAUUUCCUGUUACUGGACCGUAAAGAGAGGUACCCCAGCCAGGAGGACCAGAACCUGCCGCCACGCAACGAGAUCGACCCUCCCAGGAAGCGGGUGGACUCGCCCAUGUUGAACCGUCAUGGCAAGAGGAGACCAGAGAGGAAGUCCAUGGAGGUGCUCAGUGUCACAGACGGUGGCUCGCCUGUACCAGCCAGGAGGGCCAUCGACAUGACGCAACAUGGACAGAGGUCGCGGUCUAUUAGUGGAGCCUCCUCUGGCCUCUCUACCAGCCCCCUCAGCAGCCCACGGGUUACCCCUCACCCCUCCCCUCGAGGCAGCCCCCUCCCCACCCCCAAGGGCACCCCCGUGCACACGCCCAAGGAGAGCCCGUCCGGGACCCCCACCCCCACGCCGCCCCCCAGCCCCUCCAUCGGAGGCAUGCCCUGGAGGACGCGCCUCAACUCCAUCAAGAACAGCUUCCUGGGCUCGCCACGCUUCCACCGCAGGAAACUCCAAGUUCCCACACAAGAAGAGAUGUCCAGUCUCACACCAGAGUCUUCCCCAGAACUUGCCAAAAAAUCCUGGUUUGGUAAUUUCAUCAACCUGGAAAAAGAGGAGCAGAUCUUCAUUGUCAUCAAAGACAAGCCGCUCAGCUCCAUCAAGGCAGACAUUGUUCAUGCCUUUCUCUCCAUCCCCAGCCUGAGCCACAGCGUGAUCUCGCAGACGAGUUUUCGGGCGGAGUACAAGUCCACGGCCGGCCCCACCGUCUUCCAGAAGCCGGUCAAAUUCCAGGUGGAUAUCACCUACACGGAGAGCACAGCCGCCACCAAGGAGAACGGCAUCUACUCUGUCACCUUCACCCUGCUCUCAGGACCCAGCCGGCGCUUCAAGCGAGUGGUGGAGACGAUUCAGAGCCAGUUGUUAAGCACACAUGACCAGCCAGGGGUCCAGCAGCUGUCUGACGAGAAGAACGGACAGGUGCCCUACCCCUCUGGCACGCCCUCCAAGCACUGCCCCUCGCCCAUGCACGUCCGGAGGCACGAGCCAGAAACUAAUGACACCAAAUGCCCUGCUGUGGGCAGAGACAGAGCCAAGUUGUCGGUGGCAUCUGUGGGGACACAGGAGGAGUCUUAGACAAACUGUAGUUGAGCCAACGCUAAAACCCAUCCCAGUAUCGCUAUUUGCCACAGAGAGAAUAUUCUACCUUGUACAUAGCUAGAUGUACAUAAUCAUCUAUGGACAUUUUUUUGUAUAAAAAUGACUUUAUAUAGAUAGAAAUAUAUUAAGAGAAUAAAAGUGAUAUUUUACAAACAGCAUACUGCACCCACACGCACACCAACACAAUAAACACUAACUCCUCCCCUCCUCCACUCUCCCCCUGUCAUCACCGCCAUCAUCACCACCCUCUGUCCUACCCAUUUCAGCUCCAGUGGCCCUUUGCUCUGUUUUUGCUCCCUUGCUGCUAACCUGUGUGAUGACCUGACUUGUUUCUGAUACCAGGAAUUAUCCAGAAAACCUAUUAAGCCCCUCCUCCUGCUCCCCGCUCCGUUCGCCCUCCCUCGACCACCCCACCCCACCCCCCACAAAGCGCGCCGAGAGACGGACAUUUGUUGACGGAGGACUGCUUUUAGAGGUGCGCAGGGGGGGCCGGGGGGGUUACCAUGGAAACAGACCCUUCAUGCCGACUUCUACCUUCACCUCCCUCUGCGCCCCUUCUCCACCUCUGGCAGCCAUCAGUAGAAGUAGAAGAAAAUACCUUUAGUGUUCCUCGUUUUAAACAUACACGCACAUGCACAUCACAUACGUUCACACACACAUGCACACACACAUUCACACACGCAUACACGUGCUCAUACACUAACAACAAUAAUGCACAGUCUCCGAGCUAACCUACCCUUCCCUCUUUUCUCACUUGAGCGUUCAGUAAUUACAAACAACUGUCAUAUAAGCUACACAAACAGUACACACAUAGGACAUGCUCAUGCAUACAUGCACAAGUACAGUAUGUACAGAUAAACUCUGGGAUGAUUCAACAAGAACAAGGACAAACAAAUGAAAAAAAAAAAAAAAAAAAAAGACACAGUGACACA